AUGAGAUUGAUUUUGUUGGCUAUUCUCUGCAUGACACUAUAUGCAUAACCUAGCCCUGCUGUUAUUCAUGAAAGUUGGGUUCACUAUGAAAUAGAGUUAAAGGGAAAAACUUGGCCUUUUGAUGCUAACACAAAUAACACAGAGACUGCAUACACAGACAACUAUAUUUUAUUGGAUGUAUAUAGAAUCUAUAAAAUAGACCUUUAUUAAUUAAGAUCCAAAAGUAGCUGAAUAUGAUUUGGGCUAAACAUUAUAUUCAGAUAUAAGUGCUGCCGAUUUUAAAACUCAAUUCUUAUUAAAAGAUGCAAUUCCUUCUUAUGGAGAAGCAAGAGGUUUAAGUACUUAAAACUUACCCGAUGAAAAAGUUUGGCAACACUUAAUAGAAAAGAAUGCUCAUGAUGCUGGUGCUCACUCUUGGGCAUUCUCAGCAGUUGCUUCAGUUGAAGCAUACUUUAAUAGAGCUAUAACUGAUCCUGCAGAUUAUGUUCGAUUGGCAACACAAUAGAUUAUAGAUUGUGUAACUGAUGGUAAAAGUCCUUUGGAUGCAUUAUUAUGGAUUAAAUAGAAUGGUAUUGAUUUGAGAUCUACUUAUACAACUAAAAAUUGUGUACCAACAACAUAAGAAUAUAAGAUAUAGGAUAUUAGAUUAGUAAAGGCUGACAAAGAGUAUGAUAUUAUCAUAUAUUAAUAGUCAAUUGAAAGCUGCUUUAUAAUUCACACCUGUGACUGUUUGUUUUGAUUUGACAAAAUUCUAAUAAUAUAUUAAUGGAGUAAUUAAUUAAGAUUGUACAGAUGGAACAGUUAAUUAUUGUGGUUUAUUAUUGGGAUAUGAGAAUGAUGAAUGGAUUAUAUAAACUACAUUAGGUUAAAUUACAAAGAAUUAAGAAAUUAAAACAUACUGGGGAGUUGAAGGUAUUGUCAGAUUUCAUGCUGAUGUUGCACAUUGUGGAGUUUAAAAAUAUGCAGCAUUCCCUAUGUUAAAGAAUGAAGAUAUUUAAUCACUUAAAGCUGAUUUUUAAAAUUACAAAGAAUAAUUUUAAAAAGUAUAUGCUACAUAAGAAGAGGAAGACUAAAGAUUUUAAAUUUGGGCUUAUGCUUAAAUGGAUAAUUCAGAACUUCAUUAUUUUGGUAAUACUCAAUUUACUGAUUUGACUGAAGCUGAAUUCAAACAAAAAUAUCUCAUUACAGAUUUCACUCUUUAAUUAGAUAAGACAUUCAUUUCUGAUACUAUUUUGACAGCUGAUGAUGAUAAUAUUGAUUGGAGAACUAUCAACAUAGUAUCUGAUGUGUUUGAUUAAGGAGACUGUAUUUCUUCAUGGGCUAUAGCAUCUAAAAAUUGUUUAGAAUCAUAUUUCAGAUAAUAAACAAGUAAAUAUGUCAAAUUGUCCUUACAAUAAGUAAUUGAUUGUUCAGAUUAAUUGGAUCCAUUAAAAGGAUGUUUGAGUGGAAUUCCAACUGAUGCACUCAAAUAUAUUAAAAGUAAUGGUUUACAUUGGGAAAGCAAAUAUCCAUAUACUGGAAAGGCUUAAGCAUGUGCUUAAGUUGAAGGAUUAUAACUAAGACCAACAAAUUAUCUAAAACUUGACUCUAUUAAGUAAAAUUAAAAAUUAAUAUUAUAGUGCAAUCUCAUAAGCCUUAAAGUAGAGACCAGCCGUUGUAUGUUUUAAUGCUUCCAAACUUUAGAGUUAUACUAAAGGCAUAAUAACAGCUUAAGAUUGUGGAGGUAAUACAAACAACUAUUGUGGUUUACUUGUUGGUAAAACACCAGAUUAUUGGAUUGUUUAAGGUUCAUUCGGAACUACUUGGGGUUCAGAAGGAUAUGUUCAUAUAGCAUAUGGAGAAAAUUGUGGCAUCUAAUCAAAUGCAUUCACAAUUAUUUGAA